AUGCUUAACUAUCACGCACCACAGCAACAACAGCAACCACAACGAAUGCAGCAAUUAUUGAGUAGCUCAAUUUCUAAUACCGACAAUUUCUAUUAUCCGCAAAUGGCAAACAUGCCAGCGCUGACAUUGCAAAGUGUUGGUGGCGCGAAUUGUGGUGGCAGCAGUGUCCGUGGGCUGACAACGUCGGCAUCAUCGUUGGAUCAGUUGCACAGCAUGACACAGCAUAAUGCAUUUGCUGGGCAUAAUUGCAACAACAACAACAAUGAUAGCAAUUCCAAUGCUAUUAAUAUGAGCCCGCAUCAAGCGAUUGCUGCUACAGCCGCUGCGGAUAGAAUCGCCGUCGGCAAUGAUGCCGUUGCUGUUGCUGCUUCUUCAUCGGCUGCUGCUCGCUGCGGCAGCGGUAGUACUUGUUCGCCCGAUGAACUUACAAAAAUCGAAGAUAACUAUCCUCUGCAUGUCGACGGCAGCAAACAUUCGGAGAAUGUUAAGCGAUUCUCUGUGAACAACUUGUUAGAAUUAGCCAAUGAUUGUCGCAUUUCGGGCAAAUUGCAGCAUCAGCAUCAACAGCAGGAGGAGAAUGUGGAUGGCACGCAAAUCAACGAUUUAG